CAUGGAAUUUCUGAAGGGAUAUUUAUAUAAAAAUCAAAAAGUAUAUUGGACAAAGUGAUCAAACAUGUAAAAAAAAUUUUUUAAAAAAGAGCUGGCUCUAUUAUUGUUACUUUAUAGCUAGCUACUAAUACACCUAUAACCCAAAGUAAGUUAAUGCUAAUUGCAAACCAUUAUUUGACUUUUACUGAUCGUGAGACGGAUAUUUCGUAUUCAUUUGGAUUGAAGUGCAGUGUACUGUAACGAUCAUGUCCGCAUCAACUUCAAACACAUCUCACCACCAGCAGCAAAGAAUGAGACGCAGCAAUGCAGGUUCUCCCACCUCAACCGGCAUCAGCAGCAGCAGCAGCAGCAGCAGCAACCGCCUGCUGCAGCCCAUCCGCGCCACCGUGCCCUACCAGCUUCGUGGCAAUCAACAGAGCCCUACCCGUUCUCCUUCUUCCUUUUCAGUGGGGAGUAACACAGGACUGACAUCUUCCCGGUGCUCUAGCCCGCCCAGCCCGACACAGCUGAUUACUAACCCGGGCGGCAGCAGCUCUGUGGAAGGAAGACGGAUUGGGAGGCAGAGACGAUCUCCCGACUGCAGGAGCUCACCUGAGCGAAUGAGUCCGAGCUUGCCUGUAUACAGAGUUGAGAGAUCCAAAUCCCUGCAAAUAAGAACCUCGAAUACCAUCAGGAGGACCUCCUCCCUGGACACAAUAACAGGACCUUACCUCACUGGACAGUGGCCUCGUGACCCUCAAGUGCACUACCCUUCAUGCAUGAAAGAUAAAACGACUCAGACCCCAAAUUGUUGGACAGAAGAGGCAGCAGAGAAGAGAAGCACACAUCAGCGUUCUGCUUCUUGGGGCAGUGCUGAUCAGCUAAAAGAGCAGAUUGCAAAACUAAGACAGCAGCUCCAGCGCAGCAAGCAUAGCAGUCGGCACAGCAAAGAGAAGGAACAUCAUUCUCCUCUCCAUGGCAGCCACACCACAGUCACCCAGACUCAGGCAUCUGUGUCAAGCUCAGUCCCAAUGCCAUUAUCAAACAUUCCAGUGCCAAAGUCCGCAAUUUCCCGAGUACCAAGCAGCAUGGAGGGAAUAAAUCAUGAACUGGAGAAAGUGUUUAUUAAAAAUAAUGAAGAGAAGGAAGAGUUGAAGUCCCUGGAGGUCCCCGAUGGCCGGCGAGCUCCAUUCCCUCCUCACUAUCGCAGCAGCAGCACCCGCAGCAUCGACACACAGACGCCCUCGGUCCAGGAGAGGAGCAGCAGCUGCAGUAGCCAUUCACCAGGCGUCUCCCCCUUCUGCCCUCCUGGAUCUCAGGAUGGAAGCCCCUGCUCGGCAGAGGACCUACUGCAUGACAGGGACAAAGACAGUGGAAGUAGUUCACCUUUGCCUAAGUUUGCCUCCUCUCCCAAACCCAACAACAGUUACAUGUUCAAACGAGAGCCCCCAGAGGGAUGUGAGAGAGUCAAGGUCUUUGAGGAAAUUUCGUCUCGUCAAUCAAACUCAGUCCCUCUGUUUUCUUGUCCUGACAAAAACAAGGUAAAUUUCAUCCCGACCGGCUCUGCUUUCUGUCCUGUGAAACUACCUGGAUCCCUCGUCCUGGCAUCUUCUGACCUGAUGCUCAUGAGCUCUCCUGGCCCGGUUCCUGUUCUAAAUGUUGGUCAAAGCACAGCCUCAAGCAGCCUUGUCACUGCUGAGCAGCUCUCCUCUCAGGUCUCCACUGACACCAUCACAGCAGACUCUGCUGAGGCCCCAGCACAGCCACCAUACCAGGAAGCACCACCAGAGGAACUCUCCUCGGCUCAGAACUAGGUGGUCAUUUAGUCUCUGGUAGAGCAGGCCUUUGCCUAGUGAAGGGGCCUAAUCUUGCUAUAAUAAAACUUCUGCAUGGAGUAGCAACAACGUCCAGAACAAAAACGUGUAGUGUUCUAAAUAGCGUAUCUUUAGACACUUGGCAGGGAUAGAACGAAUCUCAUUUUAAGUAACGCAGAAAUGCUUGGAACAUAAAAAAGGUUAAGUGUUUUUAGUGGGGUACUAUGCAUUUCAUAGUUUAUUUAAUCAUAGUGGUGUUGUGUCCUGUGUUCUGUUAAAUAUCUACAGUAUAAAUAAGCUAUAUAUCAGUACAUUAAAAAAAACAAACAAAAAAAAA